GACGACGAGAUGGCGCCUUGCAGGCUUUGUGCCUCGCGAAAAAUGGAUGAAUCAUACAGAUCUGCUGGCGCUUGUCCAUUUUCUGGACGCCGCCGACUCCACUACACGGGGUGCGGACCUGCGGACCUGCGGUGUGUGGGUAUGUUGGUAGUAAUCAACCAUCUGAAGUGGGUAAACAAAUGUCUCGAAUCCUUUUUCCACAUUCUUUCGCUCUUCGCCUCCGUUGUUCGUUCCCCACUAGUCUCGUUCACUCGGCGUGUGUUUAUAAGUUGGAGAUGAUACCCACCUUUGUUUGGAGAUAGCACCACGAGUCUCGCCACAACUGGGCUGACGUCCCUUCCCAAACGCUGUCAUUGGAGCGCGUUGCGCUUUCCUUGACCGUAGGGUUGACACGGCUGCUGCCGAACGACACCAUGGACUCCGUCGAGCAAAAGCUCCACCUCGAUCACCCAGGACAAACACACGGCGGCCAUGGCUUCACACAGACAGAAAACGCAGAAAACCCAUCGUCGCACAUUCAGACCAGCGAGAAAGAUCAUGAGGCCGGUUUCGCUACCGAAGCCAUCGAGACCAGACGCGAUAUCGACCGGGAUACCCUUGCCACCCAGAGAGACACGUCCGAGGAAGAAGAACGCCGAGAGUCGGUCGAGAGACCGGUAGCGUAUGGCGUUGAUGUACAACGCGCCCACAGCGAUUUUGCCGAGCUCCAACGCGAGUUGAGUAGCACGAGCCGCAUAUCGAAGAGUCGAUUGUCGCGUACACAAAGCAGAAGGAGCGAGAAGAAUGGCGCAAAAGAUCUGGAGAAGGCUGUGUCGCCAUCGACUACAGAAGAGGAGCCAUUUGAUCUGGAAGAUACAUUGAGAGGCAAUAAGCGUCUGGAAGAAGAGAGCGGAAUCAAACACAAGGCCAUUGGCGUGAUCUGGGAUGGCCUCACCGUCAAAGGUAUGGGCGGUAGCAAGAUCUUCGUGCAGACCUUUCCCGAUGCCUUUACGGGUUUCUUCUUUUUCCCCAUCAAGUACCUUAUGGGACUUGCUGGAUUGGGAGGCAAAGGCAAGGAAGUCAACAUCCUGCAGAAUUUCAAGGGCGUGGUCAAGCCGGGCGAAAUGGUCCUUGUUCUCGGCAAACCGGGGUCUGGAUGUACCUCGUUCCUGAAAGUUAUCGCCAAUCAACGCUACGGUUACACCGGGAUAGAUGGUGAAGUUCAGUAUGGACCUUUCUCCGCGAAAGAGUUCGAAAAGCGAUAUCGUGGAGAAGCGGUCUAUUGUGAGGAAGAUGAUGUCCAUCAUCCGACUCUUACUGUGGGACAGACGCUGGGCUUUGCUUUGGAGACCAAGGUUCCUGGCAAGAGACCUGGUGGUAUCAGCGCGGCGCAGUUCAAGGACAAAGUCGUUGAUAUGCUGUUGCGGAUGUUCAACAUCGAACACACGAAGAAUACGAUUGUCGGUAAUCCGUUCGUGCGUGGUAUCUCAGGAGGAGAACGUAAGCGCGUUUCGAUCGCAGAAAUGAUGAUCACCGGUGGUAGCGUUUGCUCGCACGACAACAGUACCAGAGGUCUGGAUGCUUCUACUGCUCUGGAUUAUGCCAAGUCUUUGUGCAUCAUGACCGACAUCUACCACACGACUACUUUCGUCUCGCUCUACCAGGCGUCUGAGAACAUUUACUCGCAGUUCGACAAGGUCAUGGUUAUUGCUGAAGGUCGCCAAGUCUUCUUUGGUCCCGCUAAGGAGGCCAGGUCGUAUUUCGAGAGUCUCGGUUUCCUGGAAAAGCCUAGACAGACAACCCCGGACUAUUUGACUGGUUGCACAGACGAGUUCGAGCGCGAAUAUGCCACUGGGCGUAGCGCUUCGAACGUUCCUUCCACCCCUGACGAGCUCGUAGAAGCCUUCGAAAAGUCUAAAUACGCUACAUUGCGGGACGAAGAGAUGGCCGCAUGGCGCGCGCGUGUCAAGGAGGAGCAGCAUGUCUACGAAGACUUCAAGACCGCCAUCCAGCAGGGCAAGCGUCAUGCACCUCAGAAAUCCGUCUACUCGAUUCCGUUCUACUUACAGGUGUGGGCACUCAUGAAGCGCCAGUUCAUCCUGAAGUGGCAGGAUCGAUUCUCUCUCGUCGUCUCUUGGAUCACAUCGAUUGUCAUCGCCAUCGUCAUUGGUACUGUCUGGCUUCAGCAACCUAAGAGCAGCGCGGGUGCUUUCACUCGUGGUGGUGUUCUAUUCAUCGCACUUCUCUUCAACUGUUUCCAGGCUUUUGGUGAACUUGCGGGUGUCAUGAUGGGUCGAACUAUUGUCAACAAACAUCGCGCUUACACUUUCCAUCGACCUUCUGCGCUCUGGAUUGCUCAAAUAUUGGUGGAUGUUGCAUUCGCGGCUGCACAGAUCAUGGUCUUUUCCAUCAUGGUCUAUUUCAUGUGUGGCCUGGUGUACGAUGCGGGAGCCUUUUUCACCUUCUACUUGAUCAUCAUCACCGGCUACCUGGCGAUCACUCUGUUUUUCAGAACAGUUGGUUGUCUGUGUCCUGACUUCGACAGUGCUAUCAAGUUUGCGGCUACGAUCAUCACCUUGUUUGUUCUGACUUCGGGCUAUUUGAUUCAAUACCAAAGUCAGCAAGUCUGGCUCUCUUGGAUCUUCUACAUCAAUGCGCUUGGCUUGGGCUUCUCUGCUAUGAUGAUGAACGAGUUCGAGAGACUCAACUUGGAAUGCGACGGCACUUCUUUGAUUCCAAAUGGUCCAGGAUACGGCGAUAUUGCGCACCAGACUUGCACACUCGCUGGUAGCACCCCAGGAUCAGCAUCUGUCUCUGGCACGAGCUAUAUCGAGACUGCCUUCUCGUACUCACCUAAGGACCUGUGGCGUAACUGGGGCAUCAUUGUCGUUCUCGUCACCGCGUUCUUGAUCUCCAACGCCUUCCUUGGUGAAUACAUCAAGUGGGGAGCUGGAGGCAAGACCAUUACAUUUUACGCCAAGGAAGACAAGGAGCGCAAGCAGUUGAACGAAGCUCUGGCUGAAAAGCGUAAGAAGCGUAGCCGAAAGGAAGGAGAGGCUGGUGGGUCUGAUCUCAAGAUCGAAUCCAAGGCCGUCCUCACCUGGGAAGAGCUGUGCUAUGAUGUUCCCGUUCCGUCUGGUCAGCUGCGAUUGCUCAAGAACGUCUUCGGCUACGUGAAACCAGGUCAGCUCACUGCCUUGAUGGGUGCUUCCGGAGCCGGGAAGACGACUCUGCUCGAUGUCCUUGCAUCACGAAAGAAUAUUGGUGUCAUCACUGGUGACAAGCUCAUUGACGGCAAGCCUCCUGGUACAGCUUUCCAGAGAGGUACCUCUUACGCCGAACAACUCGAUGUUCAUGAGGGUACUCAGACUGUGCGUGAGGCUCUUCGAUUCUCAGCAGUCCUUCGACAACCAUACGAGACACCGCAAGAAGAGAAGUAUGCAUACGUGGAGGAAAUCAUCGCUUUACUCGAAAUGGAGGAUAUCGCCGAUGCCAUUAUCGGCAGCCCUGAAGCUGGCCUUGCAGUCGAACAACGAAAACGUGUCACUAUCGGUGUCGAACUGGCCGCGAAGCCCGAACUGCUUCUCUUCCUUGACGAGCCUACUUCCGGUCUUGACUCUCAGUCCGCUUUCAACAUUGUGCGAUUCUUGCGUAAGCUCGCCGGAGCCGGACAGGCCAUUCUGUGUACAAUCCAUCAACCGAAUGCAUCCCUCUUCGAAAACUUCGACCGUCUCCUGCUUUUACAGCGCGGAGGCGAAACUGUUUACUUCGGCGACAUCGGCAAAGACGCAAGUGUUCUGCGAAGCUACUUUCACAAGUAUGGAGCUGACUGCCCACCCAACGCCAACCCUGCUGAAUGGAUGCUGGAUGCAAUCGGUGCUGGUCAAGCUGCUCGCAUCGGCGACAAGGACUGGGGCGAGAUCUGGCGCGAUUCGGAAGAGCUUGCAGCCACCAAGGAAGAAAUCACCCGUAUCAAGAAGCAACGUAUUGAAGAAGUCGGAUCCCAGCCGCCUGUCCAUCAAAAGGAAUUCGCCACACCGCUCUGGCACCAGAUCAAGACCGUGCAGAUUCGCACGCACAAGUCUUUCUGGCGUUCCCCUAACUACGGCUUUACACGUCUUUUCAACCACGUCAUUAUUGCCCUCCUCACUGGUCUCAUGUUCUUGCAACUCGACGAAUCCCGGACUUCACUGCAAUACCGAGUGUUCAUUAUCUUCCAGGUCACCGUCUUGCCUGCGCUCAUUCUGGCACAGGUCGAGCCCAAGUACGAUCUCAGUCGCCUGAUCUACUAUCGCGAAGCCGCCAGUAAGACCUACAAGCAGCUUCCGUUCGCCCUGUCGAUGGUCCUCGCCGAAAUCCCAUACAGCAUUAUCUGUGCUGUUGGCUUCUUCCUGCCACUCUACUACAUCCCUGGGUUCAGCUCACAGUCCAGCAGAGCAGGAUACAACUUCCUCAUGAUCCUCGUCACCGAAUUCUUCUCGGUCACUCUUGGUCAGAUGGUUUCUGCUCUAACGCCCAGCACAUUCAUUGCUGUGCUGCUCAACCCGUUCCUCAUUAUCAUCUUCGCCCUGUUCUGCGGUGUCACUGUGCCCAAACCUCAAAUUCCAGGAUUUUGGCGAGCAUGGCUGUACGAGCUCGAUCCAUUCACGCGACUCAUUGCGGGUCUCGUGUCUACCGAGCUGCACCAGAAGCGAGUCGUCUGUACCGACGUGGAGCUGAAUCGAUUCACUGCACCUGAGGGCCAGACGUGUGGCGAGUACAUGUCAAAUUUCUUCAGCGCUGGAGGCCCUGGCUACAUUGUCGACAACUCUACUUCUGAUUGCGGCUACUGCGCAUACAGUGUCGGCGACCAAUUCUAUGAGCCACUUGGCAUCUCAUUCGACAACCGCUGGCGAGAUUUGGGCAUCUUGUGUGCUUUCAUUGGCAGCAACUUGAUCUUGCUGUUCAUUGGCAGCAGGUACUUGAAUUUCAACAGGCGAUAGAAGGAUUCUGCGUAGUUACAAGUUGGUCAAGAAGCGCGGCGUUGGACAAAAAGGUUUUUUUGCAUUGCAUAAUAGGAUAAUAGACGGGCGCGGGUGCAUUUCCAGAACCGUUGUCUUGAGUAGAGGUAUCAGCCGGACAUGCAAGAAUGUCACGAAGAUAGGAGAAUCCGAAAUGUUACGAUUGUGUGUGUGUGGAACUUGGUCUGAGCUUGGUUUCUUACAAGUGGUUGGUGGUGCCCUCUACUGGAUCUGAACCGGUUGCGGGAUCGAUCC